AUUAAAAGAAUGAAAAAUCCAUCUCCCUCCCAAUUUCAAAAUUGACCCUUCAAUUUACAUUACCAACUGCCGCCGAAAUCCAAAAAAUUGCAGAGCAAGCUAAAGCACGAAAAUGGCACAAGCCGCCAGACUCAAUCUUCGAAUGCAGAAGGAGCUAAAGCUUCUCCUCACCGAUCCUCCACACGGCGCGUCCUUUCCCUUUCUCUCACCGGAUCACGAUCUGUCCUCCCUGUCAACCAUCGAUGCCCAGAUUCAAGGACCGGAAGGGACUGUGUAUGCAAAGGGGAUAUUUAAUGUUAAGAUUCAAAUACCAGAUAGGUAUCCAUUUCAGCCUCCUAGUGUGACUUUUGCCACCCCGGUGUAUCAUCCUAACAUCGAUAAUGGAGGUCGGAUUUGCCUUGACGUUCUCAAUCUUCCUCCAAAGGGAGCAUGGCAACCAUCAUUGAAUAUCUCAACUGUGUUAACAAGCAUAGGAUUGUUAUUGAGUGAACCAAAUCCUGAUGAUGGACUAAUGUGUGAAGCGAGCAAGGAAUACAAAUACAACAGGCAGGUUUUUGACCAAAAAGCACAGGCUAUGGUAGAAAAAUAUGCCAAGGCAGGACAUAGUGAUCACAGUUGCAGGACUCAAAGUGUUCAAUCUAACGUAGAUAAGGACGCAGAGGUGGAAGUUAAACAUUUAGAAAGAGAAUCAAGGCAUGAACUCAAUCAUUUUGCUUCUAAUGAUAAUAAACCAUGUGGAAUCAGUCGGAAGCUGUCGCUGGAUCCUUCAAACUCAAAACUUAAAACAGCCAGCGAUGAUGGAGAGGCAGAUAAAGUGCCAAAUCCCCCACAAGUUUGUUCUGAAAAGAUAGGAGUAAAAACUGAGAGAAAUGAGGUAAGCAACGGUCCUAUUAAAACCGAAUUAAGAAAUGAGAGGAUACGUGCGAGUGGAAAUGUGGGGAAGUUAUCGUUGUUGCAGGGUGGCAGUCUUAAUGAGCUGCAGCAUCAUCGCCACCACAAUGCUAAACUAACACAUGACAGCAAAUUCACUAGCUCGGAAAAACUAUAUCAGGUUAGCCAGAAAGUACUUCCGGGAUCUUUUGAUGCUGGCCAAACCGGUGAUGGGAAUAACGAUAACAUGCUUGUGAGUAGUGCAGCACAGCCAUUUCAGUCACAUUCAAAUUCUUCGCCAGGGGCCUCAGCCACGCCCUCAUCUAUCGGCCACAUUGGAUCAAAGACAAGUCAAGAUCCUGUGCUCAAAACAGAAAAUGGCUUAACUGAUGCAGAUCGGAGGAAGGUAUGCCCAGUACGUAAGAAACUUUCUUUGGGCGUUAAAGGUUUUUCCGAGGGACAGGAAAAUGUUAUGCUAAUGCACAACAGACCAAUUUCAAAUGCUGGAAUUAGUUCGAAACUGUCUCUGGGUCCUCUAACUCAAUUGCAGGGAGGCAAUGGAGAUAAUGGCCAGUUGUCCAGUGAGCAUCAGAUCACCAAACUUACUACGGUAAUUAAAGAAUGUCGAGAAGAAUCACCAGUGGCUGAGUCAGUAAUAGUUCUAGAUAGUGAAGACAGUGAUGAGGAAAACAAUGGGUCAAUGAGGUUUAAACCGUCGCUAGUGCGUAAGCGCACUGUCAAGAGAAAAGCUCAAGCUAUGUAAUGUUUCUUCAUUUUGUGUAACUGUGGCUCCUGAUGCGAUGGCGCAUGGAAGUUUGGCUACAAACUAAUAAUAUUCUAAAACCAUAUUCAAAUUA